UCCUGAUGCAGAGAUGCUGCAGUGGCUCCAGCGCGCACACACAUAGCACCGUCGGCCGCUGCCGCCGCGCCAGGACAGCCAGUGGCUAAGGCCGGCAGGGCCGAGCAGCCCUGAGGCUGGCAGCAGGGUCUGCUCACCAGGCGCCCGCAGCACUGCCCCAACCAACACCCUUCCCGCACUCCAGGUGCCUCUCAGUCUCCAGUUGACACUUCUGGGAACUGGGCUGUGGUUCCUCUCCUCUGGACUCUGCCUCUGCCUGAAAAACACCCACCAUGGGGACACCCGCCAGAAAAAAGCCAUGCCUGCUGCUGCUGGUGCUGGCCACGGUGGCCCUGGUCUCCUCUCCAGGGUGGAGUUUUGCCCAGGGAACCCCAGCCACCUUUGGACCUGUCUUUGAAGAACAACCCGUUGGCCUGCUUUUCCCAGAGGAGUCCACAGAGGAUCAGGUGACACUGGCUUGCCGUGCCCGAGCUAACCCUCCAGCCACCUAUAGGUGGAAGAUGAAUGGCACUGAUAUGAACCUGGAACCCGGUUCCCGUCACCAGCUGAUGGGGGGCAACCUGGUCAUCAUGAGUCCUACCAAGGCACAGGAUGCCGGUGUCUACCAGUGCCUAGCCUCAAACCCAGUGGGCACUGUCGUCAGCAAGGAGGCAGUCCUCCGCUUCGGCUUUCUGCAGGAAUUCUCCAAGGAGGAGAGAGACCCUGUGAAAACCCCCGAGGGCUGGGGGGUGAUGCUGCCCUGUAAUCCACCUGCGCACUACCCAGGCUUGUCCUACCGCUGGCUCCUCAAUGAAUUCCCCAACUUCAUCCCAACGGAUGGGCGUCACUUUGUGUCUCAGACCACAGGAAACCUCUACAUCGCUCGGACCAAUGCCUCAGACCUGGGCAACUACUCUUGUCUAGCCACCAGCCACAUGGACUUCUCCACCAAGAGUGUCUUCAGCAAGUUUGCGCAGCUCAAUCUGGCUGCUGAAGAUCCCCGGCUCUUUGCUCCUAGCAUCAAAGCCCGGUUCCCCCUAGAGACCUAUGCACUGGUUGGGCAGCAGGUCACCCUGGAGUGCUUUGCCUUUGGGAACCCUGUUCCCAGGAUCAAGUGGCGCAAAGUGGAUGGUUCCUUGUCCCCUCAGUGGGCCACAGCAGAGCCCACCCUGCAGAUCCCCAGCGUAAGCUUUGAAGAUGAGGGCACCUAUGAAUGUGAGGUGGAGAACUCCAAGGGCCGUGACACCGUCCAGGGACGCAUCAUUGUGCAGGCUCAGCCUGAGUGGCUCAAGGUGAUCUCAGACACAGAAGCUGACAUUGGCUCCAACUUGCGUUGGGGCUGCGCAGCAGCAGGCAAACCCCGGCCCAUGGUACGCUGGCUGAGAAAUGGAGAGCCUCUGGCCUCCCAGAACCGGGUGGAGGUCUUGGCUGGGGACCUGCGAUUCUCUAAGCUGAGCCUGGAGGACUCUGGCAUGUACCAGUGUGUGGCAGAAAAUAAACAUGGCACCAUCUAUGCCAGUGCUGAGCUGGCUGUACAAGCUCUGGCCCCCGACUUCAGGCAGAACCCUGUGAGGCGGCUGAUCCCUGCAGCCCGAGGAGGAGAGAUCAGCAUCCCAUGCCAGCCUCGUGCAGCUCCAAAAGCUACUAUACUUUGGAGCAAGGGUACUGAGAUUUUGGGGAACAGUACCAGAGUGACAGUAACUUUGGAUGGUACCUUGAUUAUCAGAAACAUCAGUCGAUCGGAUGAAGGCAAAUAUACCUGCUUUGCUGAGAAUUUCAUGGGCAAAGCCAACAGUACUGGAAUCCUGUCUGUACGUGAUGCAACCAAGAUCACUCUAGCUCCUUCGAGUGCUGACAUCAAUGUGGGUGAUAACCUGACCCUACAGUGCCAUGCCUCCCAUGACCCCACUAUGGACCUCACAUUCACCUGGACCCUGGAUGAUUUCCCCAUUGACUUUGAUAAGUCUGGAGGUCACUACCGGAGGGCCAGUGUGAAAGAGACCAUUGGGGACCUGACUGUCGUGAAUGCCCAGCUACGCCAUGGAGGGAAGUACACGUGCAUGGCCCAGACAGUGGUGGAUGGUGCAUCCAAGGAAGCCACAGUCCUGGUCCGAGGUCCUCCAGGUCCCCCAGGAGGCUUGGUGGUGAGAGACAUUGGAGACACCACUGUUCAGCUUAGCUGGAGUCGUGGCUUUGACAAUCACAGCCCCAUUGCCAAGUACAUGGUGCAAGCUCGUACUCCACCCUCAGGGAAGUGGAAGCAGGUUCGAACCAAUCCUGUGAACAUUGAGGGCAAUGCCGAGACUGCCCAGGUGCUGGGCCUCAUGCCUUGGAUGGACUAUGAGUUUCGGGUUUCAGCCAGCAACAUCUUGGGCACUGGGGAGCCCAGCGGGCCCUCCAGCAGAAUCCGGACUAAGGAAGCAGUCCCAUCAGUGGCUCCAUCAGGACUCAGUGGAGGGGGCGGGGCCCCUGGAGAGCUCAUCAUCAACUGGACUCCCAUGUCACGGGAGUACCAGAAUGGAGAUGGCUUCGGCUACCUGCUGUCCUUCCGCAGGCAAGGCAGCUCCAGUUGGCAGACGGCCCGGGUGCCUGGUGCCGAUGCCCAGUACUUCGUCUACAGCAAUGACAGCAUCGAACCCUACACACCUUUUGAAGUCAAGAUCCGAAGCUACAAUCGCCAGGGGGAUGGGCCUGAGAGCCUCACUGCACUAGUACACUCAGCAGAGGAAGAGCCCAGGGUGGCCCCUGCCAAGGUCUGGGCCAAAGGGUCCACAUCCUCAGAGAUGAACGUGAGCUGGGAGCCUGUGCAACAAGACAUGAAUGGCAUUCUCCUGGGGUAUGAGAUUCGCUACUGGAAAGCAGGGGACAAAGAGGCAGCUGCUGACCGAGUGAGGACGGCAGGGCUAGACACUAGUGCCCAAGUCACCGGCCUGCACCCCAACACCAAGUACCAUGUAACUGUGAGGGCCUACAACCGGGCCGGCACUGGACCAGCCAGCCCUUCAGCUGAUGCUAUGACCAUGAAGCCCCCGCCACGGCGACCUCCCGGCAACAUCUCCUGGACUUUCUCAAGCUCCAGUCUCAGCCUUAAGUGGGACCCUGUGGUUCCUCUCCGAAAUGAAUCAACAGUCACCGGCUACAAGAUGCUGUACCAGAAUGACUUGAACCCAACUCCUACACUCCACCUCACCAGCAAGAACUGGAUAGAAAUCCCAGUACCCGAAGACAUUGGCCAUGCCCUGGUACAGAUCCGAACCACAGGGCCUGGAGGGGAUGGCAUCCCAGCAGAAGUCCACAUCGUGAGAAAUGGAGGCACAAGUAUGAUGGUGGAAAAUGCAGCAGUCCGCCCUGCCCAUCCUGGCCCCAUGUUCUCCUGCACGGUGAUACUGAUGCUCAUUGGCUGCCAGAAGCUCUGAUCUUAGCACUGCCUGCCACACCCAUGCUGGACACCCACUCUAACGGACACAGUGGCUGGCCACAGCCCCCCUUCAGCGCCAAGGUGGUCUAACACUAUGCCUGAGAGUGGUUGGCCUAGACACCAACUCCCAACAGUACCCUUUACGUAGGAGGUAGGAUAUUUCUAUUCUGCCACAGGAGAGAACCAUACAAGGAAUUUUUCUUUAAAUCAAGAGGCAUUGGGCAGUGACUUCCAUAACACUAGGCUCAAUGCCUGGACCCACUGGGGUACUGAAGAGAAGAAACAGGCCUUUGGACCAAAGGUAUUUAAUAUACAUCUUCAGAUCAAGCCUCUGGGGCCAUAUGUGGGCACUGCCAUCUGACAUCAGAGUGCCAGGCCCAGCAGGAACAUGGGCAGCAGUGGGCUGAAAAUAUGGGGUAUCAAUUUCCCUCUAUGAAGCAGAGGGACUUCUAGUCCUCGCUGGACAAGCAGCACAGCAUGGUCCUGGCAUGGUCUUCCACGGCUCUCUGGCAGUCCUACCUGCUCGGUAGUCAAGAACUAGGCUCCAGGCUAGUUGACUGGGGAUAGAGGCUCAAAAGGGUUGAGAGGCUAUGACACCUGAUGGAAAAAUAGGGCACCAGCCCAAGGCCCAUUCACCAUCCUGGUGGCACUGCCCUCUCAACCAGCACUGCCAACCCAAACCCUGUCACCCUCCAGAUGGAAUGACAGACUGACAGAGCCACUUCAGGUGGCUACGUGACUAAAGGGCUUGUUUUGAGGAGUUGUCUCACCCCAUCAAGAUGCCUCCUUCACGGCCCCCCAGGGUAUGGGAAGAUUCCAGCUGAGUGCCACUCCUCCCUUCAGCUCUGCUGCAGACCUAUGGCUGCCCCCACCUCCCAUAACUUCAGGCCUGGGAACCAGCCCUCAACACAGCAUCCAUUCUUUGACCUGGGAUGGAAGGGCCAGCAUCAAUGUGGCCAUGCCUGCUUCCAGGAAUACCUUCCAUUACCUGGCUAUGCCUGCUCCCCAAACUGCCUUGAGUCCCCAGAAGAAAAAAGGGGUUAAUAAAGGGGGCAGGCUACCUUGAAUUUGGGGUACAUUACCAGUGACAGACCAGACUGCCAGAGGUGAAAAAGCCUUAUAGCUUGACUUACCCACACCCUGCACUUAACAGAUGAGGAAAUGGAGGUCCAGAAAGGGUUGGGACUUCAUAGGGUCAUAUGGUCUGUAAGUGACAAGGCUUGGCCAAGCACCAGAGUCUCCUCUCCACCUGUGGGAGGCACUAUGGAGGAAGAAGGCAUGGUGCUGAGCAGUCACAGCCUGGUCACUAAAGAUGGCCUCUGGAGGAUGAGGCCUGUGCUUCAGGAGGUUCAGACUGGUGAGAAGAUCAGCAUGGGUGAGCCCAGUCCAAGGCACAGGUGGAUCCAGAGUCAUCAGCCUGAGGCAAGGCUCCUGCUAGGAACUCAGCAAGUGGUGCUGGCUGGAAGCCUCUCAGGCCCUCUCUUUUCUUCAAGAAAAGAGGCCAAGGCAAGGACAGAGUUCAGAGAGACCUGGACCUUGUGGCAGCACGAGCAGAAGACCCCAGUCUCCACUCCCUAGGCCUAUGAAAGCAGCAAGUAGAUGCCUCAAGAGGCACUUGUCCUGCUUUCUGUUCCAUGGCCUGUUUCUGUAGUUUACAGUUAGAGCUCUAUUUUGUUAUGGUUUUUUAAACUCUAAGCCCUGCUCUGUUUUCCUGGGCAGGUUUAUGUUAGUAUUUACCCACCACAGUUUUUAAAAGAUGUACACUUGCACACCUUCUCCCUCCUACCCCUAGCUAAGGACUGCUUCCCUGGAGCUGAUCAAGUCCCCCUUUCUCCUGCUCCCAGCACCUCACAUACAAAGGUGCUAGGGGCUCAGCCAUGUGAUCAUUCUCCAUCACAGGGACCCAUGAGUUGGUCUAGCAUCCCUCCCCAUCCCAUGCUGGCUGGAAUUUGGCUCGGGCCUAGACCCGGAAAACCCUAGCUAGCCCUAGAAAGGGGCAAAGGAAAGAAACCUUCCAAGGCUUCCAUAUUUCUCGCUGCCUUGCGCUGCAGGAGGGGUGCUGGAUAAGUGGGUAGGUAUCUAGUGGCUGGGCAGUGUGAGCUAGCUGGACUGGCACUGGACUAGGGAGGUGGGAGGCUACAGCCCCUAAGCUUUUCUUCUACCAAGGUCCAUGAAAAGCAGGUAAGCUGCUGGGAGACCCAAGAGGAGGAAAACCUUGGCCAUGUGCAGGUAGAAUUUGUUUGGGGGGGGGGUGGAGCUGGGCCAGCAGCUUGGGGCUUCAAAUAGAGUAUUAGCUAAGGUGUAAGGAGACCACAGGUGACUCAUCAACAUGUGAGCUUGUAAAUGGAAAAGCCUCUUGCUGAGGAAACUGGGACUUUAACUGGCUUGGUAGAGAGGGCUAGAUUAAAUGGCUUCUCAAGAGUCCCUCCCUGGCCCAGGGACCUCUUGACUUUUGUGCAGGCUGGGGAAGCUGGUGGACUGGCUCCUGCUAUGGUCCUGACAGAGAUUCCAUCCGUUUACACUAAACCAGAUGAGAUAAAAAGGACAGCCACAAACAAGUACUCUGCCUAGGCUAAGACAGAGCUGCCUGCAGAUAGCUCUUGAGGGACUGGGAAGUGCCCUCUGUUUUGUCCAUACAAGUGCCAGCACACUGAGCUCUCUGCUCAUUGCCAUCUGAUGGUGCAGAUGAGAGUGGUUUUGCAUCCAGUGCAGCAGGUAACCCUGGCAGUAGGGGAGCAGUGAGAUGGGAGAGGAAUGAGAGCCCUGACAAAGAACAGGGGAGAAUGAAGCCAAGAUCAGAAAAGCCUUAAGGAAGGGGCAAGGGGACUUCUUUUGAGUAACCUUUGAGGAAUUUCAAGACUUCUUGUGGAUGCUGGUUAAGUGAAGCCCACUUGAGGGAAUGGGGAGGUGCUGUCCAGAGUUGAGAUCUUAGAAUCAAAAUGCCUGCCACAGGAAAGCCUUAGAGGUACCAUCUGCUAUGGUCCCUGCAGCUUACAAAAGCCAUCAAUUCUGAACAAGCCACCACAGAACAGCCCUUAUAAACUAGUGCCUUUCCCAAAGCCAGCCUAGCCUGUACACUAGCCAAGAGCUCCAUGUGGCUAGUGAAGCUUUCCUCCGCUAUGCCUUUCCCAGCAACAGAGGCACCUUUUCUUUUCCUAGUGUCACAAGAGCCAAUGGGACUCCUGCAUGUCAGGAGUCCUCAUACCUGUUACUAGUUCAAGUAUGGUGUUUUAUCUUGCUAGCUGAGACCAAACACGGCCAGGGAAUCUCCAGAUGGAAUUAAGAGGAACCCUAAAGGACUUGAAGUUCACUGGAAACAGUGCUGGUAGCUGGGGGUGGGGUGUGCCUCUUGAACCUAUAUAUAUAUAUAUAAUAUGGUCACAGGCUUUGGGAAAGCAGGGCAUUAAAGAAAAACUGGAGAGGGCAAGAAAAAUGGGUCAAACAGCUUUGUUCAGAGCCCCAAGUAGCCUCAGAAGCCUAGGGUCCUUAGGUUCUUUAGAGGAGACUCAACCUGCCUUGGCACCAGAUACCUCCAACUUAGCCCCCAUUUCAGAGCCUGCAUAGCUCUGAGCUCAGGGCUUCACUGGACCACAGAUGACAGCUGUUCAAAUGCAGCUCCUCCUCCCCAGCCCACUGUUCGCUCUUGUUAUUUAUUGACUCUGGUAGCAAGCAGUUCUUAAAUAAAGAUGUUUUUUCAACCUGCCCAGGCAGCUGGCAGGAGCUGCGA